CAGAAGUUUACAAGACAUCUACUUACAAAAAAUCUUGAGAAAAUAUGUGUUUGCUGGAGAUGAUUGUCCUCAACUAAUCUAUGUGACACCUGGUGCGAGAAAGCGGAAAUGACACAAAAUGUUUACAAAAAUUUAAGUGGGAGUAGUGAACAUUUCUUACACCUUACACUGUGGUGCAAAGUGCAAACAAUUAAAAUCAGUUGGAUGGGUAUUAUCACUAUUAUCCGAGUAUCCGACGUUUCAACAUCAACAGUUUCCGAUAAUACGCUUUCCGCUCCAAACUUAUGAGUAAACUGUCUCUCUUGGGUGUGUAAUAUUAUUGCCACUGUUUUAUUGCGUCGCAAUAUAACAAGCACCGCAUUUCUUGGAAGUAACGUCAACACCGAGACCAACAUAAAGCUUCAUUGCAAUUUGCCCCUCACAAUGAAUUGAUAUUGAUAAAGGAUGUUUUGCAUUUGACGUGAAGAAAUAAAUGCUGCCACAAUUGCAAGCACUUGAGCUAAUUAGUUCGGAUCUCUUGACUCGCUACUACUCUCCGCCCAAGACUCAUCUCGUCUCUUCUAAAAGUUAUUAAAAUUCGACCUGUCUUCAAAAUCAACAUGGAUGACGAGGAUCACUAUCAAGCUGAUUAUGAUGUUGGUUCCUUUCCCAAAGAUUUUGGGUAUACACCGUAUGAUCCAGAUUGUUAUAAUUACGGGGGUGUACCAAUCAGGGAUCAAAAGCCAAGGAUUCUCUUGAUGGGCCUCAGAAGAAGUGGAAAAUCGUCGAUACAAAAAGUUGUGUUUCACAAGAUGUCACCAAACGAAACUCUCUUUCUUGAAUCAACAAAUAGAAUCAUAAAAGACGAUAUUUGCAACUCCAGUUUCGUGCAGUUUCAAAUCUGGGACUUUCCCGGACAAAUAGACUUUUUUGACCCCACCUUUGACAGUGACAUGAUUUUUGGUGGUUGCGAGGCUCUAGUCUUUGUAAUCGAUGCUCAAGAUGAUUACAUGGAGGCCCUAAACAAGCUACAUUUGACUGUUACCAAAGCCUACAAAAUCAAUCAGUCCAUCAAGUUUGAAGUUUUUAUACACAAAGUUGAUGGUUUGUCAGAUGAUUACAAAAUGGAAACUCAGAGAGAUAUACACACUCGGGCGAAUGAUGAUUUGAUUGAUGCAGGCUGCGAUCAAAUACAUCUGAGCUUUCAUCUGACAUCGAUUUACGAUCACAGUAUAUUUGAAGCCUUUAGUAAAGUUGUACAGAAACUAAUUCCACAGUUACCAACCCUAGAAAAUUUGCUUAACAUUCUUAUCUCGAAUUCAGCAAUAGAAAAGGCCUUCCUCUUCGAUGUAGUUUCAAAGAUAUACAUUGCCACGGACAGCUCGCCAGUAGAUAUGCAGAGUUACGAACUUUGUUGCGAUAUGAUUGAUGUCGUAAUCGACGUCUCUUGUAUAUAUGGGCUAAAAGAAGAGGCAGAAGCUGCAGCUUUCGACAACGAGAGCUCAAGCUUAAUCAAGUUGAACAAUGGGACGAUCCUCUACUUGAAAGAAGUAAACAGAUUUCUCGCGCUAGUCUGUAUAUUAAGAGAGGACAAUUUCGAAAGACAAGGUGUAAUCGACUACAACUUCUUGUGCUUCCGCAAAGCAAUUCAGCAGGUAUUUGAGCUCCGCAACAAAGUCUUGGCUGAGGCUACGACAACGUCACGGCACAGCGCGGUAAGGGCCAGCCCCAACAACCAAUCGAGCUCCCCUGCCAAUGUGAAUCUUGUCGAUGAUCCAGGCCCGAGUGGUUCUGUUGGUGUUGGUGCAGCCUCGCUUUCCUCCGAGUCCGGCCUGUUGCAGCCCAAUCUACAAAAUGUCACCUUGAACUCGGGUAACGUCGGUAACGACAGGAUCGGACAGAACGGGACGGUCGUGCUCACCCAGAGCUAACCAAGCCUGUGUUUCCUCGUAGGGAGCACAGGCUUGGAUAACUAUUCCGGACGGGAGACGCUCUAGGGCUGUGCGCGCAUGCACGCUGUUGUUAUCAUCGAAGCUUUUGUUUUUGCACGGCUCUUAUCCCUGUGCACGUGUAUAAAUUUUGUUGAAAACUUGUCUUAAUUUUAUCUUAGAAGGUAAGCAUCUUGGAAUAUCUUAUAGGAGUACAACUUAACAUUCGGUGCAUGUGGAAAAAAAAAGUUGCCUUACUAAGUAUGUUGGUGUACAGUAGCAGUGAGAUUUUACUUGGCUAACGUUUAAGUACAUACAUUUAUUAGAAUGAUACAGCGCAUUUGCACUUCAUUGUCUCGUUUAUAAUAAUAAAAUGUACUGCCAAACAAAAUACUACACUGGAUAGUAAAAAAAAAAAAAAAUUAUGGCAACUUGCUGAUCCAUUGUGUUUUUUCGGUUGCACAAGCCAAUCAGGAGUUUAAAUGUAUUGAAAUUGAAGCUAUUGUGUGCACUGUAAAUAAUUUCUUACCGCAGAAAUGUAAAAAAAAAAAAAUAUAAAAACAUGCGCUGACGUGUAAAAUACGAGGUAAAAUAUAUAUUUUAUGUAGUUAGGUAGAGAGUACAAGGUGUUAAGUGGUUGGAAGUAUUUUUGAAGUGACCUCGUUACCGCGAACAACUUCAGAAAUCGUCGAUAUCACUUUCGUAAAGCUUUGAUUCUUCAACGAUUCUCGAAAGGGCAUCGCUGACAACCGAUGAGGAUAGAUCUACGGCUUCGAGGAGUUCCUUUUGCCGACAGUAACGCAGAUACAUGAAGGCCUGCUCGUAAUCGCUUGAGCUUCUCAGCGAGCGCGCCAACUCGACACUGAAAUCGUUAAUACCAUCUGGACUUAACAUAUAUUUAUAUUUUUGUAAAUUUUUGCUGGAUCGAUUUAUUUUAUCAACUCAAUGUUAUGAUUAAUUAUUUCUUUUUUUUUCUUGUUAUAAACGUGUAAUGAAAUUAUCCUAAGAAUAAUGCGGAAUCAAGAGAACUACUACAAAAUGAUGUGUAGUCUAUUUGUAUGUGAUCUUUAAAAUACAACACUGAAGAAUGUUGAUUGAUAAGUGUACAAUUUUUUUCCAAAUAAAUAAUCGAUGAAACAUUUCUUAUA